AACAAUCAUUUCUCCGUAGUAAUAACUAUAAUAAGAGUAAUAUAGAUAUAUAUAUAUAGAUAUAUUUGUCACCAUGAGUCUUCGAAAAAGUACAAGAACUAUUGUCAGAACAAGUACACUAUUUUAUGGAGAAAAGCCCAUUCCAAAGCUGGCCACAAAAAGCAAAUCAUCAAUGAAGAAGAACAAGACAGCUGCAGUGACAAGGACCACAAAAAAGCUAAAAGCUUCAAGUGAUCCUAGCUCGUCUAAUGUUAUUUCCGCUGCUUCUGCAACCACCAUAAGUGAUGAAAAGAGUGCCGAGUUGCGCACCUUUGAUAUCCAGGAUGCCAUUGAUCAUCUCAAAGUAUCUGAUCCUAAAUUAGCACCCUAUAUGACUGAAGAAUCCUUUGAGUAUCUUCGGAAAAGACUAGGAAAUGCAAAUACAAAGAAUCCAUUUCGCGCCUUAGCAACUUCAAUAAUUUAUCAGCAAAUUCAUGGAAAGGCCGCGGCUGCAAUCUGCACCAGGUUCAUAAAACUGUUUGAUCCACCUGUCCCUGUUCCGGAUAUUGUAAACUCUGAUUUUGAUUGGUUUCCCACACCUAAAAUUGUACUUGACAAGACUCUAGAAGAAUUAAAGGCUGCUGGCCUAUCAACAAGAAAGGCAGAGUAUAUUCAAUCUUUAGCAGAAAAGUUCAGAGAUUGUUCUGUAGAUAUAGACCGUCUUCAAAGCAUGUCGGACGAUGAGUUGUCCCAAUUCCUGUGCUCUGUCAAGGGUAUCGGUCAGUGGACAGUAGAUAUGUUUAUGAUAUUCAACCUUGGACGACCGAAUGUCUUACCAUUGACUGAUCUUGCCGUGAAAAAGGCAGUUGCCCGUCAUUUUGGACUUCCAAUUGGUCCCAAAAAGUUUCCUACUGCAGAUGAAAUGUGCAGAGUAACCAAGAUAUGGGAGCCUUAUAGAACUGUAGCAACAUUGUACAUGUGGCGCGGCUCUUCGACUGUUAUAUCUGCAGAUUAGCACACAAUAUAUCUCUUUUUCGUUUUUUUUUUAUCUAAAUAUACUAUGAAACAAAAAAGACCCC